GGUUUAUGUGAAGACGCGUUAUUCUGAAUAAUUCAAUAAUACGUACACGAUCUCUUUAUUAUCUUAUCGCCUGUGAUUUGUGAUUUUCCAAUAAUGGAUUUAAAUGAAACACUAUUGCCUUUGGCAGGAAUCAUUGUUGCUACCGUUAUGUUAGGUGUUUCUCUAAAAUUAAAACAGAAGAAAUCAAUAAAGAAGAGGAAUCCACCUAGAAAAUGGUUCUCAAGAAGGGGAUCACAUGGUUUGGGAAUUUUAAAAAUGGUGAAUGAGGAAUUUACAAUGGAAGAUGCAGAUUCAUUUAAAAAUUUCUUUAGAAUGAGCAAAGAAAAAUUCGAUUUUCUAUUGAAUUUAAUCAAAAAAGAUAUAGAAAGAGCUGAAUUGCCAAUGCAAAACACAAUAUCAGCAAAACAUAGGUUAGAAAUAACAUUACGAUUCCUGGCUACCGGUGAGUCUUUUCGUUCACUGAUGUUCAGUACCAGGGUUCAUGAGAGCAGUAUAUCUCGAUUUGUACCCGAGGUGUGUAGGGCAAUACACAAACAGUUGAGAAUCAACCAUUUGAAGAUGCCCUCGACUACAGAAGAGUGGAUGUCGAUAGCUGAAGGCUUCAACAAUCUAUGGCAAUUUCCCCAUUGCUUAGGACCUUUAGAUGGAAGACAUAUAACAUUUAGAGCUCCAAAAUCAGAAGGCUCCUAUUACCAUAAUUAUAAAGGAAGUGAUAGCAUUGUCCUUCUUGCCUUGGUUGAUGCUCGCUAUAGAUUCAUAUACCUACGUAAACUUAGGUUGCAAUGGCCGCAUCAGUGA